ACGAGUCAUUCCGUUACGAAGUUUCUUCCGAUAGCGACUGAAGCACACGCGGCAAAAUCCUAAACCGGCCGGUUUAUACAAUUGAAACUAUAUAAUCCCCAUUUGUUUAUUUAUUUCUCUUUAAACCCAGAAAAAAAAGAAACGGCCGAAUCUGUCGUAGGAUGAUAAGCUCAAUGGCCGCCUAAACUCCGGCGACGCUCGGUAGAUCUAUAAACCCGAACAGUUUCGUACAUACCAUCUCUCUCUUCUUCUCUGAAGUUUCUGAAUAGUAAAAUCGUUCAAGGUCGAUCGGACUCCGAUUUGCUCUAUUCCGGUGACGAGUAAGGAGAGAGGGAGAGAUGGAUGAUAGAGGAGGCUCGUUCGUGGCGGUGAGGCGGAUUUCACAAGGACUAGAACGAGGAAACGUUUACCAUUCUUCUUCUACUUCUUCCUCUGCUGAGGCUGUCGCUGGAUCGGCAGCGUGGUUAGGGCGUGGCCUUUCCUGUGUUUGUGUUCAGGGAAGUCAUGGCGACGCCCGUCCUUCCUUUGAUCUAACACCUGCUCAGGAGGAAGGCUUGCAGAGGUUGCAGAGCCGCAUGGAUGUAGCAUAUGACAGCUCUAUUCCUCACCAUCAGGAAGCUCUGAAGGAUCUUUGGAAACUUGCCUUUCCUGAAGAAGAGCUACAUGGGAUUGUAUCUGAGCAGUGGAAGGAAAUGGGCUGGCAGGGAAAAGAUCCAUCAACUGAUUUUAGGGGUGGUGGUUUCAUAUCUCUUGAAAACUUAUUAUACUUCGCCAGGAGUUUCCCGAAAUGCUUCCAGGACCUUCUGCGGAAGCAGGUUGGGGAUCGUUCUGUGUGGGAAUACCCGUUCGCUGUUGCUGGCAUCAAUAUCACGUUCAUGCUUAUCCAGAUGCUUGGCCUUGAAGCAGUGAAACCACAGAGUAUUGUUGGCGAAACAUUUUUGAGAUUUCUUUCGGUGAAUGAAUCUGCCUUUGACCUUCUUUAUUGCAUUGCCUUCAAGCUAAUGGAUCAGCAAUGGCUCUCCAUGCAUGCUUCGUACAUGGAAUUUAACACGGUAAUGAAAUCGACAAGGCGGCAACUGGAGAGAGAGAUAAUGGUUAAAGACAUAACAGGUAUUGAAGAUAUGCCAUCAUACAGCCUUCUCAGUCAAUAGCAAACAGCUUACGAGUUACGAGAGACUACUUUGUAAGUAGAAAGAUCAAACAUCUCAAGAAGACAAGGUCUCUCUCUCUUACAUUGGGUUGUUAUUUCUUUGAGAUAGAAGUUGAGGUUUCGUUUCGUUAUGGGAUUAGUUUUUUUCUAACUUGUGGUUCUUUGUAUAAACGUUGUUUGGUUAGUUCGUUUUUGGGCUGAUAUUAAUAAUAAUCACUUGGUUAUGAUA